AUGGGGAAAGCUGACAUGUGGUUGUUUCGAAGUUACUGGGAUUUUGAAUUUCCUCAACCUUACUUACCUAAUACUGAGUUUGUUGGAGGACUGCACUGCAAGCCUGCAAAGCCACUACCUAAGGUUCUGUGGAGAUACACAGGAAAGAAACCAGAAAGACUAGGAGCCAAUACCCGACUAUAUAAAUGGAUUCCACAAAAUGAUCUUCUUGGACAUCCCAAAACCAGAGCGUUUAUCACUCACUGUGGAACCAAUGGAAUCUAUGAGGCUAUUUACCAUGGGGUCCCUAUGGUUGGAAUUCCUAUAUUUGGUGAUCAGCAUGAUAACGUUGUUCAUAUGAAAGCCAAAGGGGCAGCUGUUGAAGUAGACUUGCAAAGAAUGACAAGUGCAGAUCUGCUUAGAGCUUUGAAAGCAGUUAUUAACAACCCUUUCUAUAAAGAGAAUGCUAUGAAGUUAUCAAGAAUUCACCAUGAUCAGCCUGUGAAACCCCUGGACCGAGCAGUCUUCUGGGUUGAGUUUAUCAUGCGCCAUAAAGGAGCCAAGCACCUUCGCCCAGCCUUCCAUGACCUCACCUGGUAUCAGCACCACUCUUUGGAAGUGAUUGGCUUCCUGCUAGCUUGUGUGGCAACUGUUGCAUUCCUGGUCACUAAAUGUUGCCUCUUUUGUUGCUGGAAGUAUGGUAAGACUGCAAAGAAGAAAAAGAGAGAGUAGUCUUUCUCUGCCUUUUUUUGGUUGUUGUUGUUGUUUGUUUGUUUGAUUUUUACCAGUUGUACUAGAAACCUUGACAGAGCCCAUGUGAUUAAAUCCAGACACUGAUUUGAAAAGAUUUCUCUCCUUUUCUUCUGGGUUCUUGUCUAAUCUUCACUCCAAAAAUAUGCUACAUGAUUCAGAAUUAAGGUUUAAAAUAAUCUAAUCUUUAAAAAGAUAUGAUAAAUGAAUAAACACAUGGAAAUUGUUACCAUUAAA